CGGAAAUAGAUGCAAACAGGCAGGCCAGACUAUCUCUGACAGCGAAAAACGUCUGUCGCUGGGGAGAAAAACACUCAUGAAUUAUUAGACCCUGUUUAUUUGUUGUUGUCGUUUAGUAUAAAAGUCCGAAUGGUGUAGAAGUAGAAGAUAAUCAACAUGGUACACGCCUGGCAGCAUUUCUUGACGACGCCGAAACUACGGGUGUCACUUUUCGUCUCUCUUUUCUUUCUUCUUGUCUCCCUUGGUGACGCCAGGACCCGCCGGAAACGAAGCGUCACCCCAUCAACGGAGGAAAUAGUAGAAACUUACAGCAAAUACUACAAUUAUGUUGAACUAACUGGACGGUUACAAUCCCUAGCCCGGAGCUACCCUCACAUAGCUGCCCUGUCUAGUGUUGGUCAGUCUGCGGAGGGCAGGGAGCUCUGGGUGAUGCGGAUCACCAAGGACCCCAACGCUGACGCACCGGGGAGACCGAAAUGUAAGUACGUUGGGAACAUGCACGGAGACGAAACCGUGUCCAGGCAGGUGUUGGUGUACCUAGUGGAGUACCUGCUGACUCAAUUUGGGGAGGAACCGCGUAUUACCGAGCUCGUGGACACCACAGAUAUUUAUAUUAUGCCCAGCAUGAACCCUGACGGCUUUGAGAAGUCCAAAGAGGGGGACUGCAGCGGUGAAAACGGGGGUCGAAACAACGCCAAAGACAUGGACCUCAACAGAAGUUUUCCUGACCAGUACGACGGGACGACUACCAACCCAGAUAAAACCCCCGAGGUUAUGGCUGUCAUCAGAUGGAUCCUGGAGAAAAAAUUCGUGCUGUCAGGGAACCUGCACGGCGGCACUGUGGUUGCCAGUUACCCUUUUGAUGACUCAGCCUCGCACCAGCGACAGGGUCAUUACAGCCAGUCAGCAGAUGACAGUCUGUUUCGCCACUUGGCCUUGGUGUAUUCACAGCAUCAUGAUGUGAUGAAAACCGGUCAACCAAACUGUCCUGAUGCAAUGGAUGAAACUUUUAAAGACGGCAUCACCAAUGGGGCGCAGUGGUAUGACGUACCUGGAGGGAUGCAGGACUAUAACUACCUCUAUGGAAACUGUCUGGAAAUCACCAUGGAGCUAAGCUGUUGCAAAUACCCACCUGCCUCUGAGCUCCAAAAGGAAUGGGAUCUGAACAGGGAAUCUCUACUAGCCUACAUUGAACAGGUCCAUAUAGGGGUCCAUGGCUAUGUGAAAGAGGCCGUCAAUGGCACUGCUCUCCCCAAUGUCAGCAUUGUAGUGGAAAGCAUCCGCCACAACCUGACCACAGGAAAGUAUGGGGAGUACUACCGCCUCCUGCUCCCAGGAACAUACAACAUCACAGCUGUGGCCUCAGGAUACACACCAAUGACGGUGCAGGGAGUCCAGGUCAUGGAGGGCAAAGCCACAGAACUGAACUUCACUUUGGCGUCAGUGGUCAGGGAGGCGGCAGGCAGCCCAACUACCACCACAUCCUCCAUCACAUCCACAAAAGAUCCAGAAAUCUCCACCACCGCCACCACCACCACAUUUACCAACUCCUCUACCUCGACCCAGAACAAUAACAGCCCUCCAGUGAAACCAAAUGAAAAGGAGCCCAUCCAGCCCAUGGAAUUUCGUCACCAUAACUUUGCAGACAUGGAGCUGUUCUUACGCAAGUACAGCAGCGAGUUCCCCUCUAUUGCCCAUCUUUACACAGUUGGACGCUCCGUCGAAGAGCACGAGCUUUACGUCAUGGUCAUCUCAGAUAACCCCACUGUCCAUGAGCAUGGUGAGCCAGAGUUCAAGUAUAUUGCUAACAUGCACGGUAAUGAAGUGGUGGGCCGAGAGUUAAUGCUCAACCUCAUUGAGUACCUGUGCCAUAACUAUGGCACUGACCAGGAGGUCACACAGCUGGUCAACAAUACCCGCAUUCACAUCAUGCCUUCUAUGAACCCUGAUGGUUACGAGGUUGCCAAUGAAGGUGAAGUUAAGGGCUACAGAGGGCGCAACAACAGCAACAAUUUUGACCUUAACCGCAACUUCCCCGACCAGUUUGUCACCAUCACUGAGCCCAGACAGCCAGAGACAAUAGCUGUGAUGAACUGGCUGAAGAGCAUCCCCUUCGUCCUGUCAGCAAACCUCCAUGGAGGUUCCUUGGUGGUCAACUACCCCUAUGAUGAUGACAAGAAAGGGAGGAGUGAAUUGAGCCUGUCCCCAGAUGACAAAGUCUUUCAGCAGGUGUCCAGAGCAUACUCACAGGAGAAUCCUGUGAUGCACACUGGACACCCUUGUGAGGACCUGUACCCUGAUGAAUAUUUUAAGGAUGGCAUCACCAAUGGCGCCAAUUGGUACAAUGUUCCUGGUGGCAUGCAGGACUGGAACUACUUAAACACCAAUUGUUUUGAGGUGACCAUCGAGCUGGGCUGUGUGAAGUACCCCAUGGCCAAAGAGCUGCCGAAGUACUGGGAACAAAACCGACAAGCCUUGCUUCAGUUUAUACACCAGGUCCACAUUGGAGUCAAAGGCACAGUGUCUGACAUCAGCGACGGUGAAGGAAUUCCCAAUGCCACCAUAAGUGUGGAAGACAUAGACCACAACAUCAGCACGGCCCGUACUGGAGACUACUGGAGGCUGCUGGCACCAGGAACUUACUACAUCACUGCCUCCGCCCAUGGUUAUAAAUCCUUGAGGACCUACGCCAGUGUCUCCGGGGAUGGAGUAGAGGUGGUGGAUUUCAGAUUGACACGUAUACACUCGGACCCUAAUGGCCACCCCUCUGAGGGACCCCAGCCCACACAGAACCCAUCUGAGAAGGAGUUCCAGAGCUUAAUCAAGGACCUCUCUCUAGGCCAGGGUUUGGAGCGGCUGAUGAUGAGCACAGCCACCGAGAGCCGCUUCCGCUACAGACGUUACAAAGAGCUUUCAGCCUUCAUGAGAGGCCUCACUUUGAACUUUCCCAAAAUAACUUCUUUACAAAGUUUGGGUCAAAGUAUAGAAUUCAGAACCAUUUGGGCUCUGGAAAUCUCCAACAGGCCAACGGAGUCUGAGCCAUCCGAGCCCAAGCUGCGCUUUGUAGCAGGGAUCCAUGGCAAUGCGCCAGUGGGCACAGAGCUGCUGCUGGAGUUUGCUGCCUUCCUGUGUAUCAACUACGGCAAGAACCCAGCCAUCACCAGGCUGAUCAAUGAGACCCGGAUUGUCAUCGUGCCGUCUAUCAACCCAGACGGACGCGAGUUAGCCAUUGAGAAGCAGUGCACAUCCACUCAGGGCUUAAGCAACGCUCAUGGAAAGGACCUGGACACAGAUUUCUUCGGCAAUGCAUCUCAGCGAGUGGUGGAGGCCCAGCCAGAGACCAGAGCCAUGAUGGACUUGAUUCUAGACAAAGGCUACACUCUCUCUGUAGCUCUCGACGGAGGCUCCCUGGUUGCUACCUAUCCUUAUGACAAGCCUGUGCAGACCGUUGAAAAUGAGGGAACAUUGAAGUACUUGGCCAGUGUAUAUGCCAACAACCACCCCAAGAUGCACCUGGGGGACACUGGAUGUUCAAAUAAUGUAGGCAACAUCCCAGAUGGAGUUAUGAGGGCAGCAGAGAGACAAAGUCACAUGGGGAGCAUGAAGGACUUCAGUAUGGACUUUGGCCACUGUCCUGAAAUCACAGUGUACACUGGUUGCUGUUUUUACCCUCCUGCUGAACAGCUGGCCACACUUUGGGCCGAGAAUAAGAAGGCUCUUGUCAGCAUGCUGGUCGAGGUCCAUAAAGGGGUGCGUGGCGUGGUGAGGGACAGAAGUGGAAAGCCUAUUGUUGGUGCGAUCAUUGUACUGAAUGGAGGAGUGAGAGUCUUUACUCAAGAGGGUGGAUACUUCCAUGCACUGCUGGCUCCUGGUAACCACAACAUUGAAGCUGUUGCCGAUGGCUACCAACAACAACGUCAAGAGGUGGUGGUAUCAUCCUAUGAAGCUGCUAGCUCCAUCAUCAUUGAGUUUGACAUGGACAAUAACAUCUUUGGCCUGCCCAGGCAGUUUGUGGUGGCCAGUGCAGCCGCCUCCAUGACAGCUUUGGUGGUGACGGCAUGCAUCAUCUGGUGUGUGUGCGCGGCCAAGUCCAACCGUCAGAAAGACGGAUUCCACCGUCUGCGGCAGCACAGGGACGAUUAUGAGGACGAGAUCCGGCUCACCUCUAUGGGCUCUAAGAAGUCACUGCUAGCUCACGAGUUUCAGGAUGAGAGUGAGAGCGAUGAGGAGACACUUUAUGCCAACAAAAUCUGAGGAUCGUUGGGUUUUUCAGCUGUUGGUUGUUGUUUUUUUAUUUUGAUCUCCCCCUUUAAUUUAACCCCUGUUCAGUAUGGAACAGGAUGAUUUGCCUCUUUUGAGAAAUGAGUGAUAAAGACACUUUGUUCUAUCACACCAACAAACUCUGUGAUUCACCCACGCGUCACUCAGUCAGUAGUGAUACUCCAGUUAAAGAAGAGUGUCCUGAUUGUGUGAACUGAAGACCUGGCUUUCUUUACUGGAACAGAAGAAAAAGACAAAAGUAAGAUGAUAAAAACAAGGACAGAGUCAUACAUAUUUUUGUCCACUGUGGCCUGCAUCCGUCCUGGUUUUUGAGUCCAGCAGAUUUUUCAUUUCCGAGCCACAUCCAAGUUAUUUUAUACCACUAUCUGUCCUGCCAGGCUGAGGGAUUCCUGCUGAUAAGUCCAAAUAAACUUUUGUUUGGUGGAUGUGUCAUGAACUCUGAAUAGAAGUGUUAAAUCUCAAACUGUCUCCCCUCCAAUAUCAUGCUUUCCUUUCAAUGCAGGAUUGAGCUAGGAAAUUAGAAAUGUAAUCUUAUAUCUGAGGCAGCAUUGCCACACUGAAGUGUCCGAGCCUUUCGAGGAGACUGAAUCCAAUAUUGUGCCUUGGUUUCUGUAAAGUCUACAGUCCACUCAGGCUGUAGUUUGUGACGGAGAGCAGCAGUACAGUGACUAGGUAGCACUUGGUCAUUCUGGAAUGGUAAUAUGAUCCAUCCUGUACUCAGGUGGUAGGACAAGAGUUUAAAGUCUGCUGGGGUCCAACAUUGCACUGCUUCUGUCCAGGCGACUCUGGGUUGGUCGGCUCAGUCGUUUCUGAGCUUUCCUGUGAGUCAGUGUUGUGGGUAAAGUCAUAAUGAGAGCAAGCUUCUCAAAAAGCUUUGAAUCAUCAGGAAGAGCCUGUUACCAAUGAAAUGCUUGAAUGAAUCCCCCUCCUCCCUCCCAGGAGGUCACUCAUGUUUGCAUGGAGGUCACUUGCACUAAAUGAAAAGAAAGGAUUGUCUCAAAUCAUCAGUCAGGAAUAAAAAAAAAAAUCUAUGAAUCUCUAAAACCCUAAUCAUUAAAAGAAUGUUUUUUUUGUUUGUUACAACUUUAGCUUUAUUGUAGUGCAAUCUGAAACUGUCUGUACAUGGAAAGUAAUAUAAAUAUCAUGCAUGUCAAAUUCAAUCUGUACCCUUUUUCUUUGGAACAAAGAUGUUCUCAUGAUUUCUUACAAUAAGGAAUAUGAAUUCAGUUUCCAUUUGACAAUGUUAAACCACCCCCCCCCCCCCCCCCCCCACUCAACAUUGGUUUAAAGUUUAAAAAUGAUUCCUGGUUUGUCCGUCCAUUCAUAAUCAUUGUCCAAAAUGCUGAUUAAUGUAGCGCUAGGCAUCCUCUAUCAAAUCACUGAAACUGCCAACACUCAAAAUUGUCUUUUUCACAUUAGACUGAAUUAAAAAAGUUGCUCUAGAUUAUUAAAAUCAUGUCUCAAAUUCAGAAUGCUUUACAUGAUUUUCAUCAUGUGCAGUCGAAUGAAAUAAUACACACUGGUUCAUAAUUUGUGUUGUUUGCCACUAAUGUUGAGAAGAGAUUCUUUCCUUUUCCUUUAAAAAAAUGCAGCUUUCGUCAUAAAAGUCCGACCUGAUAUCUGUAUAAAGAGACAUUUUUUUAAAAUUAUUUUUCUGUCUCACACAGCUUCUUGUGGAUGCCUGUAUAUGAAAUCUGAGUGUGUGUCAUGAUCACACACGGUUGGUGUGGACAUUUUAUAAACUGGAAUGAGCUGUAAAUAAUGUUUGUCAAAUGUGAAUGGGGAAAAAUAACCAAGAAUGCACAUGACAACACAUUUUAUCGAAACCUGUGUGUGAUCUGAACAAUUACUCAUGACACACAAUGAAAUAAAACACCUCACAGCUUC